AAUCUCUCUCCGAUUUCAACACCCAACAAACAAACACAACCAAUAACAAAUAUUAACCUUCUUUCCCUCGCUUCUUCAGGACUUCAAAAAUGGCUCUUGAACUUCCUGAGAAUAUCCUAACCACUGCUGCAAGUUCGGAGAGGGCGUAUGUGACGUUCUUGGCUGGAAAUGGAGACUACAUAAAAGGGGUGGUCGGCUUGGCCAAAGGGUUGCGGAAGGUGGCCACUGCAUACCCUCUUGUGGUGGCAGUGCUGCCGGACGUUCCGAUGGAACAUCGGAAAAUUUUGAAGGCUCAAGGUUGCAUUAUUCGAGAAAUCGAACCUAUUUAUCCUCCUAAAAACCAAAUCCAAUUCGCCAUGGCGUAUUAUGUGAUCAACUACUCCAAGCUUCGGAUUUGGAACUUUGUGGAGUACAAAAAGAUGAUAUAUUUAGAUGGAGACAUUCAAGUAUACCAAAACAUAGACCAUUUAUUCGAGGAAGAAGAUGGCCAUUUCUACGCCGUAAUGGACUGCUUUUGUGAGAAGACUUGGAGCCACUCCCCACAGUACCAGAUUGGUUACUGCCAGCAAUGCCCAGACCGAGUCAAGUGGCCACCCGCCUCCGGUUCCCCUCCACCACUCUACUUCAAUGCUGGAAUGUUCGUGUUCGAACCGAGUCUUGAAACGUACAAGUCGCUACUGGAGACUCUGCAUGUAACGGCGCCGACUCCGUUUGCUGAGCAGGAUUUCCUAAACAUGUUCUUUGGGAAGGUUUAUAAGCCCAUUUCUGCUACGUAUAAUUUGGUUUUAGCUAUGCUGUGGCGCCAUCCCGAGAAUGUUCCUGAUGUUCAUAAUGUUAAAGUUGUUCAUUACUGUGCUGCUGGAUCGAAACCAUGGAGGUAUACAGGGCAAGAAGCAAACAUGGAAAGAGACGACAUCAAAAUGUUGGUGUCAAAAUGGUGGGACAUUUACAACGACACUUCGCUCGAUUUGAAGGAAGUGGAUAAGGAAGACGAUGAGGCCCAAGUACAAGCACGGCCCAAAUUCUCGAUAUUGGGCUCCAUUACUGAGCCCAAUAUUGCCUAUGUUCCUGCACCUUCGGCUGCUUGAUGAAAUUCAAAACCAUACUAUUUUUAUUUUAUAUCCAAUCUUUUAUGAAAUAUAAACGUAUCAACUAAGAACCAAAACUUCAAUACCCAUUUAUCUUAGAGCUCAUAAGACUCCUAUUGUAUUCCAAAAUGAUGAAAGAAAAAAAAAACCAUAACAAUUAUAAUUCUACGAUAAGAGAAUAUAGGAGUGAAUAAAUAAGAAGUAACCUUCUCUUUUAUA